CCGUUCACUGAGGCGGCCCGAUGCUGCCACGCUCUCCAAAAAUCCCAGAGACGAGCAACGCGUUCGGUCGCGUGUCUGUGUGUGUCAGUGGGUGAACAGUGCGUAUGAGCGAUUUUCGGUGGCACUAAAAGGAGGCCCAAACCGAACCGGUGGACCUUAAAGUUGUUGGGUAAACAACGAAAAGUCGGUUACGCGUGGCGAGUAACGGGUUGCGGAUUGAAUAAACAAGGCCAAGAGCAAAUGAAAAGUGUGCAAACUGUUGGAAAAGCCCUAAAAAACUGCCAGAAAUUUCCGAGAAAAACCAAAGUUGAAAAUAAGCAUCAACAUCAACCGGAAAUCAACUAAAUUGUCGUCACUCCAAUCAAGUGGAAAUUUGAUUAAAAAAGGAGAGAAGGGAAGGCAAAAAAGAAAAAACCGAAGGGAGACCAGAGGAAAAUUUGAUAAAUUUCGAAAGAAGGCAAUAGACGAAUGCGGAAGGAGAAUAGAGUGCGGGUCUAUCAAAAGGUAGCAGCAAAGGAAAUCAACACGCACGCACAUGAACGAGUUUUUUGCACGGGCACAGCAAAACAUUAAAAACCAGCGGAGUGGAAAACUUACACAGAGCUCGAAAAAAUAUACAGAACCCCACGUGAACAAAGGGAACGAAAAAAAUACAUACAUACACUAAAAAUAAAAACACAAAUACAACAGAGUAACCAAGUGAAAGAACAAUUUUUAGUGAAAAAAAUUAAGAGAUUUCACUGGGGGAAGACCUAAGCCAGAAAAAAGAAAGGCGAGCAACAAGGACGAACCAGCUGACGGCCAGGACACAUAAACGUCUUUCCUCUCCUUUGGCGUAGAGCACGAAAUUAAGUGCAGAUUAUCAGAAGAUUAUAUUUUAAUAGCAUUUCAAGCUGUUUCCUUUGGCCAACAAAGGCGAUACGCCAGGACCUCCAGGACUCGCAACGAAUACUGACCCCCCGUGUGUGAGUGUGUGUGUGCUACAAGUGCGGCUUAUUGCAUGAUUACCGCCAAGGAUUUUUUUCGGGCCUCCGUCUCAGGACUCUGUUCCCUGGAAUAGCUAAGCAAACAUAUAAGCGUGCCAGAAAUUGAAAUUAAAGAAGGAAUUAAGUGUCGCGAGUGUGUGUGUGCUGGCUUAAUAAAUAUUAUGUGCUAGUGUCUGUGAGUGUUUGUACACUAAAACCCAAAUAUCGAGUAUACGCCGUGUGCUGCAACCAAGGGGAAGCUUACGAGGAUAGCAACAGAAUUAACCCGGCGCAGAAAGGAGGAAUCGAGAAGAGAACCGGAGAACCGGAGAACCGGAGAACUGGAGCGUGAGGCCAAACUAAACAGAAGUUAUUAUAGACAAACAACCGGCGGCGACUAAGCCAAGUCUAUUAACAGGGCAAACAAAGCCAGGCCGCCAAAGGAAGCUGAGUCUCUCAAAAAAGAAACCAAAAAUAAAAAAAAAGCCAGAGGAAAGCCAAAGAAUGUAAGCGUAAGUGUGCUAAAGUAGAAUUUCGGAAAAGCUGGCAAUGAGAGGGCCAAGACGACAAGGGGCGAGGGCCAGAAUUGAAACAGUUAGCUGGCAAAUCGGAUUGCGAAUCUGCUGUAUUGACACAAGGAAAUCGUUAGCCGGCUUAGCCAGCAAGAGGGCAAAUUUAAAAUUAAGAAUAUAGCAAGCCCGCCAUUGGAAUCAAAGUGAUAUGCUAAUGCCGUCGCCGUGGAGUGCGGCAUGAAUAUUUCAUGAGCAGUGUGAUGACAAUAAGUCGGCUCCGGGAAUAAAAGUGAGUGAAAUCGGGACGAUGACGGAGCUAAGACGUGCUAAUGGCCUGCACAAGCAGCACUCGCUGAGAGAUCAGAGACAGGUGCACCCGAUGCUGCACCAGCUGGCGGAUCACGGUUGCAACUUGAGCAGCGGUGGCAACAGUGCGGCCAGCACCACCAGCAGCAGCACCGCCACCGCAACCACGGCCCUUGGCGGUGGCUUGAGUGGCGGUGCAGCAGUAACCACUCAGCGGAGCAUCGAGUUCGAUGAGCACGACAUCUUCUACGUCUCGCCCUCAAAGCGAAAAGGAGCCACAACAGGAUCCUCUGGCAACGUGGUGACCUUUUCGAACUUCGUGAGUGAGCAGCGGGUGACGCCCUCGUCGUCGAAUCGAGGCUCCCUGAAGCGGAGCAAGGGCCGCUCCAAUCAGUCGCUGUGCAGCUGCGAUGCCGGCGAUGAGGCUCAGCUGGAUUUGCAACCGAAUGCGGCGAGGCCGUUGUACGAGUACAGUCUGGAACGCAAGCGUAAGACGCACACCUACUCCUGCGAACAGAACGCUCAGAUACUCAUGAGACUGGAGCGCGAGCGUAAUCGUAAAUUAUCGCUGACUGGCAUGGAAACGGGAAUGGGAAUCGGAUUGGGAUUGGGAUUGGGAGCAGGAACGGUGAUGGGAAUGGGAAUGGGAUCUGCCGGAGGAGGAGGAACAGGUGCGGCAGGAGCGGACCCCCAGAGUGACACGCCCAGCUUGUCGGAUGUGGAUGUUAUACCGCCCGUGCCGCCUCCUCCGUCGAUGAAACGCAACGGCAGCAUGCGCAGCCUGCGAUUGUUGCAACAUCUGCAGCAGCAGCAGCAGCAGCAACAGCAACAGCACAGCAGCAACAACAACAACUUGUCGCAGCUGUGCAGCAGUGAUCUGCUGCAGGAGUGCACCAAAUCGGCACUGGAUGAAUGCACUGCCACAUUGCUCAAGUGCACCACAACCAGCAAUCUGAGCAGCAGCAACAGCAACACCAACAGCAACUGCAACAGCAACAGCAAUGCGAGCAACAAUUGCAACAACACGAGCAACAUUAGCCACAACAACAACAAUCAGGUGACGCCAGACCUUUGCCAGCCCCAUGGCCACGCCCACAAUCAUAGGCACAAGCUGCCAAACAAUGCCACGCCCACCAACGCACCAGCACCCACACCCACACCAACCACCGCCCCCGCCCCCUUUGCCGCACACGAGGAGGACGAAAUAUUCUCGCCGCACUCGAAGAAAUCGGAUCCGAGCUUGUGCUUCCUGCCAGGCGGCGGCGGCGGUGGCAACGUAUCCUCGAAAUACAAUACCAUUGGGCCGAGCAGCGAUUAUGCCAGACACUUGGCGCACUACAGUCGCUACCUGCAGAAGCAGCACCACCAGCAGCAAAUGGCGCACUUUCAGCAGCAGCGAUGCCGCUGCUUCUCGCAAUCGCUGUUGAGUUUCCCCCAGCAACAUUUAUUGCAGCAGCAACCACAACAACAGCAGCAGCAGCAACAGCAACAGCAGCAGCAACCGGCAAUCUUUCACACCAGCAGCAUGGACUGGUCGCUGCCAAUUAACAGUCGCAGCUUUGGCAAUUUGGUGAACAUCGAUGGCUCCGGUGGCAACGGUGGUUGCCGUGUGCCAUAUCAGAAAAUGUCUGCGAAUGCCGUUUCGAGUGGUGGUGGAGUUGGCAUUGGUGGUGCAAUGGGAAAUGGUAACUUGGGCCCGGCAGCCUCAUCCACCUUUACGCUCACCUCCUUCGACAGCGAUAUCGGACAUGGGCUCAAAGAACGCGAAUCGCAGACAUCGCUCCAUCAUCCGCAUUCACAUCCGCAUCCGCACACGCACUCGCAUCCGCAUCAUUAUCACGCCCAUGUGGGCGGUGGCGCGGUGGGCGUGGCUGGUUCGGGAUCGGGUUCGGUUACACCGCAGAAGCACCACCAACUCCACUCGAGCGUCACGAGCAUCAUGCCGUGGAAGCACCGCCAGUGUCCCAGUAGGGGAUCCUCCAGCUCCGGCACGAACUCUUUCCGAUUCGAUGCAGCCAAGCACUGGCUGGCUGUGAGCUCCAUCCUCCUGAUAAUUGGCGCUGCCAGUGUGGCCGUGCCACUGGCUCUACGUGUGGCAGCAAGUGCGCCUUUCGAGGAGCGUUUACGGGUGGCCGUUCAGCUGCUGGAUCAAGUGCCUUUAAUCGACGGGCAUAACGACUUACCCUGGAAUAUCCGCAAGUUCCUGCACAACAAACUCAACGACUUCAAUUUUGAUGAGGAUUUGCGCAAUGUAAUGCCCUGGGGCCGCAGCCAUUGGAGUCACACGGACCUCACGCGACUGAAGAAGGGACGCAUAUCAGCACAGUUCUGGGCCGCCUAUGUCCCCUGUGAGGCGCAACACCGCGAUGCAGUGCAACUCACUCUGGAGCAGAUCGAUGUGAUCAAGCGGCUGACGGACCGCUACUCACCGCAGUUAACCACUUGCACCUCCGCCCAGGAAAUUAUCGACGCCCACAAAAACCAGCAGUUGUGCUCCUUGACCGGCGUGGAGGGCGGCCACUCAUUGGGCGGAUCCUUGGCGGUUCUAAGGACCCUGUACGCCAUCGGGGUGCGCUACAUGACACUGACCUCCACCUGCCACACCCCCUGGGCGGACUCGAGUUAUGCGGACGCGCCGACCUUCAACAUGAAACACGGCGGCCUCACAAUAUUCGGCAAGACAAUCAUCCGCGAAAUGAAUCGCCUGGGGAUGAUGGUCGACCUGUCGCACGUCUCCAAGGGAACGAUGAGGGACGCCCUGGAGGUCAGCGAGGCACCUGUGAUAUUCUCGCACUCCUCCGCCUACGAACUCUGCAACACGAGCCGCAACGUCCAGGACGACAUCCUGCAGGCCCUGGCCAAGAACGGCGGCCUCGUCAUGGUCAACUUCUACUCGAAGUUCCUCUCCUGCAGCGACAACUCCACCGUGCACGAUGCAGUCGCGCAUAUUAAUCACAUUAAGCGAGUCGCUGGUAUCGAUCACGUUGGACUGGGCGCCGGCUACGACGGCAUUAAUUAUACACCCAAAGGACUGGAGGAUGUAUCUUCAUAUCCGACUCUAUUUGCUGAACUUCUUGGAGGCGGAUGGACCAUCGAUGAACUGACGAAAUUAGCUGGAGGGAAUUUUCUGAGAGUUAUGCAGCAGGUGGAAAAGCUGAGGGACGACAAAAAGGCAGCGGGCAUGAAACCCUUUGAGGAUCAUCCCAACUUCCGCACUGACGAUCCCUACAAUUGUACAUCCAGCUAAUUGAGCACUGGACCCAAAAACACUGAGGUUGUACCAGAAAUGCCGGGGAAGUCCCCAAAAUCAUAAGCAAAAUCGAUUGAACUCCUGCUUCACAUGUAAAAUGGAUAAAGUUAUGUAGCAAAUUUAUAAAUAUGAAUUUAACUAAACUACAGCAUAGUCGUGUACGAUUUGUAUAAGCUUUAGGUACAUAACUUUAGGAUAUAACGAUAUUUAAAAGCCUGAAUAUUUGGCCGAAGAAAUUAUUUCGUCUUUUCUCCCUGGUAAUCGAAUCGAAUUUCUUUUAAUUUUUGUGACAAUCUACAGACUGCCAAACAAGAAAAAACUUAACUAUAAACAGCACAAGAAACCCACACAAAUUUUCUGUACAAUUUUUUUUCCACCCCAAAUCAAUAUAAAUCCCAGACUUGGUUUAAUCAUCUCCAACUGGACCAACAAACACUAAUUUCUGCCUCUCCGAUUUUUUAAAUUAUUACACUAAUUUACACGAAAACUACAUAUCAAGUAUGUAAUAAACUAAGAUACAAAAAUAUUAUAAUGAAUUAUAUAAAGGUAUUUAAUUUUUUGCAUUUAAAUUUAAUGCAAAUACUUGUGAGUGGGAAAGCAUACACUUAAAAAUAAAUGAGUAAAAUUAAAUAAAUAUUACAUGAUUAAUUCCAGCUAAUGGCGGACAUAAAUUAAAUGUUUAGUUCAAUUUUUAAGCAGUUUGAAGCCGUGAAAACUGAAAGAAUGAAUAGCGUAAUAUAUACUAAAUUAGCUCGUAAGCAAAGUGUGGGCGUGGCACCGCCUGCCACACGAUAAAUUGUACAUAGAUUUCGAGCGGAAUAAGCAUAGGAAUAAUUUAUAACAAUAUAUAUGAACAUAUAGAAGUCACGAUUUUUCCAACAAAUUUCCCCACACACACACAAAUAGAUCACGUCGCUCUGUCAGUCAGUCUCUCUGUACCUUCUAAACAAAAACAAAAUGAAACACAAGAAGAAAAACCUAGUAAAAUUGCGUCUAGCCUAAGUAAAGAAAUUAUACAUACUAAACCAAUUAUUGCAAGCCGAAAACAAAAAACCCAAGACAAACUCAAUAAUUGUACAUUUUUCUAAACCGAAACCCAAUAACAAAUGAUGAAACUCUCUACAAAUAUUAUACAUUAAAUAUAUAUAUGAGAAUCUAUUGUUACGUUUUGUACGAUUUUGUAUGUGUAUAUAGCAUUUUUACCUAUGCUCUUAUUUGUAUGGUCAUUAUAUAGUUUUCUAGCAAACAAUUCAAGCGUAUUAUUGUACUGGGUCUGAUGAGCAGAGUUGUUGGUAAUCACAUAGUUUUUAGUCUGGCCUGGAAGGUCGAAAAUAAAUAUCUGUAAAGUUUAUACAAAUACGAAUAUGGCUAGAUAUAGAGAAUAAGCCGAACUAACAUAGAAAGACAUGCAUAUAUACACAGAAACUCGAUUCUCCAAAUGUCUUAUUAUUUAUUUGAUCUCCUCUUUGGUUGGAAAUUAAACAGAAACAAAAAACAAUCUCACACACGCAUAUGUAAAACCAAAUUGUAGUUAAAAACUUGAAAAUGGUAAAAUGUUUAGCGAAUAAAUCUCAAAAGGCAAGCAAAUUGCAGUAAAUAUAAAAACAAUUAACGAAAA